AUGAGACUUUGUGACCUUCCCCCUGAGCUGCUUAUUGCCAUCGGCGAUGAGAUAUAUCAAUCACAUAAUGCCGUUGCGCUGGCUUCCACAAAUCGUUUUCUUAAUACUGUAUUCCAGCCGCUGGCAUACAAGAUCAAUGUGCAGUACGAAAGCAGCUAUGCAUUGACCUGGGCAGCCUCUCAUAAUAGUCCACAUGUGGUGAGAGAAAUUUUGAGUUACCCCGGCGUUAACGUCAAUACCCACGAUGGCAGACACCGAACACCCGUGUUCCACGCCAUUCGGACCAAAAGUCUGGAAAUAUUGCAAAUCCUUCACAGCACCUCCAAGGUUGAUUACAAUUGGAAGGACGACAGAGGUCAGACACCGUUGAUAUGCGCGCUCUCCAGAAACCGGAGCUCAAUUGGAUUAUGUUUAUUGAAGUGGCAUUGUUCGGACUUGGCCAUUCAUGAUCAUAAAGGUCGUUCGGCUCUCUGGUACGCGGUCUACUUCGGCAAUGAGACUUUGGUCACGGAAAUCCUGCGACGAGGGGGAGACAUGAAGCGAUCGGAUUGCAAAGGAAUACCACCACUGAUCCUGGCCAUCUACAAAAAUCAUCUGCCAAUCGUCAACGCGAUGCUACGUAUCGCAGGGAGCGCCAGGGGUUUAAAUUUGGUAGAUGAUUUUGCAAUGUCCAAACCUCUAUCCUUGGCACUUCACUUAGGGCGACUAGACAUCGCGCAGUGUUUGCUGUCGUACGGCGCAGACCCGAAUGGGUCCGAUGUCUAUGGAGAAACCGCUUUGCAGAUCGCCAUUAGAAAAGAUGGUAAAAAAGCCGUCGCCAUGUUGCUACAGCAAGCGGGGUUGGAGGUCAACGCAGCGAAUGCAGCUGGAGAAACAGCCCUUCACAUAGCCGCUUACUAUGGGCGCUAUGAGAUCUUUCGGCUUCUGCUAGCUGUUUCAGGGCAAGAUCAUGACCUGAAAACCCAUCUAGGGUGUACAGCUUUACACGUUGCUGCCGAAAUGGGUCGCGAGUGUAUUGUCAAGCAAUUUCUCGAGGUCCCGAAUAUUGAUCUCAAUGCGAGAGACAACAACGGAUCAACUCCUCUAUCUCUGACGAACAAUAGUGGAAUACGACUGCGAUUCUUGUUGGAGAAGCGCAUUGACGUCAACGACGACGGGGUGUAUCGAUCCCGCGCUCUACAUCGCGCUAUAGAGCAAAAAGACGUGGCAAGUGUCAGUCUGCUCCUCGCGGAACCAAGACUGGAUCCGAACGUGUAUGAUGACAUGGGCUGGACGCCACUUUGUCAAGCCGCAUACCACGGAGAUUUGCAGAUGGUUGAUCUGCUUCUAGGCCGGGCUGACGUGGAGGUCAAUACACCUAUGUGCCCACCACUGUUCUAUGCUGCGAGGGAGGCACAUUUAGCAGUUGUAAAGCGGUUGAUCAAGGUCGAAAGCAUCAUUGUCGAUGUGAAGUUCUGCGGUCAAUCACCCAUCCAGGCUGCUGUACAAUCAGGGCACGCGGAAAUUGUUCGUGUGUUGGGAAGGAAACAGCGAUUAAUGCAGUCAGACAUGCGGAGCGCCUAG